AUGACGGCGAACAACGAAUUUUAUCAUUACCGACAAAAUAGAUCUUUACAAUCAACAGAUCAGAACAAUCAAAUUAAUCAGAGUAUAGUUAAAUUAAAUGAAUCUUUGACUAAUGAAAAUUUGUCAUCAUCAAAUAUCUGUUCAACAGAAUCAAUUAAUAUCGACACAUCAAUAACUGAAUCAAAUAUUGAUCAUAACAUACAACAUAGGAGUUUGACAACAAUAACGCCCAUUGAUAUAAUUCAAUUCACAUCAUCUUGGAAACGACAAAUGGUAAUAAAUAAUCAACACGAUGACGGACAAAAUAAUCAUUCAACACCAUUAAAUAUGAUUCAAAUUAUAUUUACUAUUCCAUAUACAAUUACAAAUAAUUCUAUUCAUAAUAAAACUGCAUUUAUUACAGAUGUAGAACAUAAUCAAUUAUUAGGAUCCUUAACUGAUAUUUGUAUUAAUGAAUCAUCAUUUAUUAUUAAUUAUUCAACUAUAAAACCGUUACCACAUAAUAUUUGUUUAUAUCUUUUAUUAAAUCUGACUCUAUCAACUACUCUACGGGAGAUCUUUUUUUGUCGUACUAUUGAUGAUUUAUAUAAUGAUCCAUCUUUAUCACAUAAUGAAACAGAAAAAAAUCAUAACGUCGGUCCAAGUGAAUUUUUUAUUCUUUCACAAUGCAUUAUUAUUCUUAUCAUGAUGUUUGUUAUAUAUGGAGUGCAAACAGUUAGACAAAAAGAUCUUGUCAAUCGUGUUAGUGAACGAUUAGUUCAUAGUCGACCAUAUAUAACUAUAUUUGGUAAUAGAACACCUGCACAUACAAGUAGUAAUGAUGUUAAUAGCUCAAUAAAUCCAGCAACAACUCUUCAACGUGGUUUAAAUCAUCUUGUUUUUCAUCGUAAUUUAACAGCAUUACCUAAUCGUCAAAUAAGUGCACCUAUUGAAGAACAAGUAUUAGCUGCAAGUGAUUUAACAUCAACAAUUUUUGAUCGACGUGCAACAAGACCAUGCAUAAAUCAUGAUUUAAUUGAUGUAAAAGAAUUUACCAAAAGAAUGAGUGCACAAAUGGAAAACUCAACAAAUACUGAAUUAAAUGUUGUGUAA